CCUGUCAACACAAUGCACUUCUUCCAUGAAGCAGACUGUGGGAAUGACAUUUGUUGCCACUAACAGGAUGGAGUGUCUGAUCCAGCGAUGCCACAAAGAGGCUGUCCUCUGCUCUGUCUGUCGCUCGUUGCUGCUCGUGUUAUGUCUGCUCCUGUUCCUGUCCGUGUCCAUGUAUCCUGGGUUGUGGUCCGUUGGGGUCCAGCUUCGUUCAGCCUUAACGGGGAGCUACGUACCAGGACACCACUCUGUCCUUCUCGUUAACAGUCCCAAUGAACAGACAGCCAAGGACAUCGGCAGGGCGAUCAUGGAGAGGCGGCUGGCAGCCAGUAUUAACAUUCUCUCCAGGACCUCUACAAUGUACUACUGGAAAGGCGAAAUCCAGGAUGCAAGUGAGAUUCUGAUGCUGGUGAAAACAAAGACCUCCAGGAUCCAGCAAGUCAUAGAUUAUGUGAGGUCUGUCCACCCCUAUGAAAACCCAGAAGUCCUCAGCUUUCCAGUAGAGGACGGCAGUCUGGCUUACAUGAAGUGGAUGGAUGAGGCCAUUCCAGAUGACUGAUACAUCAUUGAAAUCAAAGCCAAUCUAUGCAUGGACUGUAGCCGGUCAAGGAAGCUGAGCCAUGUGCACAAGCUGUAGUCUGAAGGCUUUGGAACAAAAGUUUAACACAUUACAUUUAUACUAUUUUGUUGGGCUUUUCAAUGUAAAUUCCACUAUAUACUGUGGAGAUUUUAUUCCAGUGCCUUAAAGAGCCAUAGAAAAUGCUUGCUUCUGACUGACUGGCAGGUGUCUGUUAGCUUUGCAUAACGGGAAAGCAAACAAGUAUACUUCCAGUUGACCAGUCAGACCACAAAGGGAAGUUGAAAAAAUUGAAAUAUUAUAAGAUAAUACGAUCCAAGGUGUCCAGAUUCACAAAUUUCUUAGACAUUGGUGCACCUCAGAUAACACUUCUGCUUUAAGAGCAGUGAUCUUUGACUAUUUGCAUCUGAUGGAACAUGCUUUCUGGUUCUGCUUUUUAUUUAUGUUUUCAUGUAAGAAUGCAUCACUAUUGUAUGUAAAGUUUGCCAUUGAGGCAGGUUUAACAUAGAAAAUAUUUAUGCUGAAACAUAUCGUUAACGUGACAGUCGUAUACUGAAAGUAAAAGGGUAAAUGUCAUAGUCAUUGUCAUGUACUUCCUGUUGUUGAACAUAUCAUUUACCAUACCUUAUUCUAUAUUUAUUGCUAUGAAUUCAAAAGUAAAAAGAUUCUUUUAAAAGGAAACAUGGUGGCACUAACACUCAGGAGCACAGGACAUGAGAUACAUUUACAUGUACCUGUAGUUCAAUAUGUUAUUGAUCUGUCAGGCUGUAGAAGAUUUCCUUCAUUAGUGCAAAAAGUGCAUGAGGUGCAAUAAGCAACACACGCUCACCAUGUGUACUGUAUGUGCAAGUAAAAGAGCAAUACUGCUGAAUCUCAGUAGUCCUCUGCUCGAGGAUAGCUCAGCUUGCGCUAAUAAAACAUUUACCACCAUCUUGUAUAACCUCAAAUAAAUCAACACAGAUCUACUGAGGACAAAUUAACAAAGAGAUAUGAAUGACAGCGCUUGGCAGCAUUGUAUACCUCGACCCGUUCUCCCACUUGUUUUUCUAAUGACUUUGAUAAUGAAAUGUUUUCACUGUUUUGUUUAUAGCGUGAAGAGCUGAUGCUGAUCUGAGCAGGUCUCCCUCUGGAUAACACAUCCUUGAUCUCCACAGGA